CGGAGGUCUAGGCUGGGAUUCUGGGUUAGCAGAUUCUGGGUUAGCAGGCGUGGCCUUAAGUGUUUGGGUGCUGGAGCGGUGAGUUGGGUCACCCGGCAAAGGAUGAGCAUUUCUGUAGGGAUCCGAGGCCCUGGAAGGAAGGACUGUCAUCUGACGUUGAGCGGGCAGGAGGCGUCCGGGGCAGGGACCCAAGCGUUCGAGAAGCAGGGGGUGUCUGAUUUAGGGAUUCUGAUAUCCAGGCAAGAGGCGGAGUCAGGCCAUAGAUCCAGGUGUCCCAGCAAAAGGAGGAGUCUGACUCAGAGAUCCAGGCUUCCAGCAGGAGGUGUCUGUUAUAGAGACCCAGGGAGUUGGACAAAAAGAAGGGUCCACUGGGGACAGAAGUCUGGGUGAAGGUACCAUGAUGUGGGGUGCAGGCAGCCCCCUGGCCUGGCUCUCGUCUGGCCCAGGCAACAUGAAUUUGAGCAGCAUAGGUCCAGCAGAGGGGCCCACAGGCUCAGCUGCAUCACUGCCCUUGCCCAGGGCCUGGGAUGUGGUGCUGUGCAUCUCAGGGACCCUGGUAUCCUGCGAGAAUGCACUGGUGGUAGCCAUCAUCGUCGGUACUCCUGCCUUCCGUGCUCCCAUGUUCCUGCUGGUGGGCAGCUUGGCUGUGGCAGACCUGCUGGCAGGCCUGGGCCUGGUCCUGCACUUUGCUGCUGUCUUCUGCAUUGGCUGGGUGGAGAUGAGCCUGGUGCUGGUUGGCAUGCUGGUGAUGGCCUUUACCGCCAGCAUCGGCAGCCUGCUGGCCAUCACUGUCGACCGCUACCUUUCCCUAUACAACGCCCUCACCUACUACUCGGAGACAACAGUGACUCGGACCUAUGUGAUGCUGGCCCUAGUGUGGGGAGGUGCCCUGGGCCUGGGGCUGCUGCCUGUGCUGGCCUGGAACUGCCUGGAUGGCCUGACCAUGUGUGGUGUGAUAUAUCCACUCUCCAAGAACCAUCUGGUGGUCCUGGCCAUUGCCUUCUUCAUGGUGUUUGGCAUCAUGCUGCAGCUCUAUGCCCAGAUCUGCCGCAUUGUCUGCCGCCAUGCCCAGCAGAUUGCUCUUCAACGGCACCUGCUACCUGCCUCCCACUACGUGGCCACCCGCAAGGGCAUUGCCACACUGGCCGUGGUGCUUGGCGCCUUUGCCGCCUGCUGGUUGCCCUUCACCAUCUAUUGCCUGCUGGGUGAUGCCGAGUCACCACGCCUCUACACCUAUCUCACCUUGCUCCCCGCCACCUACAACUCCAUGAUCAACCCCAUCAUCUAUGCCUUCCGCAACCAGGAUGUGCAGAAGGUGCUGUGGGCCAUUUGCUGCUGCUGUUCCUCUUCCAAGAUCCCUUUCCGAUCUCGCUCCCCCAGUGAUGUCUAGUUACCUCCUGGUGACUCUGCAACCCUAUCACUACAGAAUUCCAGAAUGUUAGACCCUCCAGGUCUUUGUUCUAAGCCCACAGCUCCACACCCCCAAGACCCAGCUGGUUCUGGAGUUCUAGGACGUUGGGUGUUCUGUUCAAGAUCCCUGCAGGGGCCCAGCUGGCUCCAUGGUUCUAGAAUGUUCCAGCUGGUCAGGGUUCCACUUAGAAAUGUCCCGCAGCCCAGCUGGUUCGCAAUUCCAGAAUGCUGGGAGUUUUACAGUGCCAUUCCAAAUCCUUGACCUUUCCCCUCCCUCAGACUUGACCUUGGCCAUGUCACUUUAUUUUUGAAUUUCUAAGCUCAAGAGUCAGAGUAGUCACUUAGUUGCCUAAAUAGAAGAAGGAUUUAUCUAUAUAUAUGUGCACAUACAAAGAAAAUAUAUUUAUUAUUUAUUUAUUAUAAAUUUAUUUAUGGGUGGUAAGGGGAAAAAAGAGACCCACACCUUGAAAUCUAGGCCAUACCAGGGUAUCCCUACUCCCCACACCCCCAUUUCUGACCUCAGUUCCUGGAGGGGGGAAAUGGAGAAAGAGAAAUCACGUAUUUUGUUAUUAUUUUUGCUUAUUUUUUAAUCGAAGAGAUCACAGAAACCAGAGCCUUCUCCCCAGCCCCGCCCUGCUCGGGUUUGCAAGGGGAACACACCAGCCUCUGGUUUUUUAUUUUUUUAAGAAGCCAUCACCUGAGCAACCGAGAAUUCCUCUGCGCUGGGGCCGGCUGUCCUCUGGUGGCCAUUUGGGGGAGCUGCAUCCUGGCCAGGCAACCGGGACUAGGAAGCGAAACCCCCCAACUCCCCUCCAGCUUGGUGUCCAGCGCCACAGCCAUGGCCUGGGGAACCAGGCCUCACCUUGAGGUGCCCUAGAGGAGGCGGGGCAAGAGCCAACACCCCACCCCUCUGCCAGCCGGGGUAUGACCCCCAGUGCAUUCCCUGUUCCUGUCCCCCAAUCCAACUCAAUAAAAAAUGAUUUUGUGAUAAAUGUUCUUGUGUGUGUGUGUGUGUGUGUGUGUGUGUGUGUGUGUGCGCGCGCGCGCUAUAGAAUGGGCCUGAUGGGGAAAAGCCUGGAAUGAAAAGGUCAGGCCAGACUAGGGGAAGCUGAGGGGGGGAUCUGUAGAGCUGGGGACCCAGGGUAGAGUGUGGCUGGCCCUCCCGCCCCAGGAUGUCAGUGUCACUCUCGUCAGACCUGGGCAUCACCUGACAUAGAUCUCACUUCGCCCUGGGGACAGGAACCAGGGUGCUGGGCUCUUCUACCCAAUUGGCCAGUUUGGGGCUCUGGCAUGAAGAUUAUGACAUGCUAACAGCAUGUCAGUUUCCUUCAUAAUGAUAACUAACCCCUUCCUUCUAACAGUGAGUGCAUACUAUGGGCUGGGCACAGGGCUAAGGGAACUGUACAUGCCACCUCCCUAUGCUAGUAGGCAUCCCCUGACGUAUAUAGUAUCAUCUCCACUUACAGAUGAGGAAACUGAGGCUGAAAAAGGAUCCGUGAUUGACACAAGAUCAUAUAGCCAGGAAAUGAGUCAGGAUUGAAACCAGGAGCAUCUGUAUCCAGAAUCUGUGUUCUCUCUCCUGGGCAAUGACCUUUUAUUUUCUUUCCUAAGCCCAGGGCUAAAGACAUUCUACCCCUGAUUUCUAUCCUGGGGCCAGAGGCCCACACUUGAGAAGUGGUUGCACCAGGCCUCGUCACUGUGGAAAAGCUUAUUUCCCACACAGAGGUGAGUGGCUAUAACAGUGUCUAUUUGGGGACCUGAGUUUUGGUUUCUGGGAGGGCAGGAGGAGCCCAGGCUUGUGUUUACCAGGCAAGGACAGGGCAGGUGUGGGGUGUGGCUCAAGAGGAAUCUCUGAUUAGCCCAGUCCCCAGCCUUCCAAGCUUUACAGUUGGGCCUAACCAGAGGGGUCCUUACAGUGCUUCUAGCCCAUUCUGUCAUCAUACAGACAGGGAGACUGAGGCCCAAAGAGGAGCAAUUAUUUGCUCAAGCUCACUUACCCGUGUCAGGGGAGGACAGAGGUCUUUUGGGCAGGGAGUUGCCAACAAGCCUAGUGGUGAAGUGGGGAGGACCCCCCAGGUAAGGCUGAGCUUUACCCUUCCUCCCCACCUUCCUUCAGAAGAGACCCUCUGCUCCAUAAGCUCUUCCUUCAGGACAGAUUUUGAGCCAAACACUUCACACAUCAUCACCAAGGGUUGGACAGACAGGUGCUACCGCCUUCCCUACUUUUUUUUUUUGGUACCGGGGAUUGAACUCUGGUCCUUGUGCUUGCGCAGCAGGCGGCAAAACCACUGAGCUAAAUCCCCGGCCCAACUUCCCUACUUUUUGAAGGAAGAAGCUGAGGCUCUGAGAAUAAUGGGCCUUCAUCUAUUUACUGAUGUCCUUGUGGACAACUUAAUGUGUAGCAGGAGGAAAUAGCAAAUAAAUAGAAAGGUUUUUCAAAAAGUAUAAUGCUGAUGGUACGUCCUCAGAGAAAAAUAAAGUAGGGAAGAAUAAAGAAUAUAUGAGUAAUUUUUAAAUGAAGAUACUCAAAAGAAAGGCCUCCCUGCAAGGUGACAUUUAUCUACCCAAAGUCAUACCUUCAGGAGUUGAGCUGGGACUUGAACCCAUUGUCAUCUGACUCCAAAUCUGUGUCUUUCCUGAGUGAGGGAGUGGGUUUUAGCAAUGGCUCAGAAACAUCAGGCUGGGAAACAAGCAGGAAGCCCUGUGACAGGCUGGGGAAAAGCUGGGGUUCUCCAGGUUAUACCCAGGCUUUUGGAGGAGUAACACAGGGAAGGGUCCCCCGCUGCCUUCCUCAUGCUCCCAAGCAGUUCCCACCAGGGUCCAGAAGUGUGUGUGGGGUCAGGUGCCCAUCCUAGCUGGGAGCCACUGGAUCCAUUGUUCCUUAAGCCAGCUCAUAGCAUCAGGGGCCAAGCAGGGAUCUUCUGCUCCCCACCCUGUGUCUGAAGGGUCUGCACUGGGCCCUCAUGGUGAGGAGCUCCAUCUGUCUGGGUGUGGUUGUGUGGUCCAUCUGAGGCAUUUAGGGGAGCCUUGUGUGGAGUGGGCUGCAGACAGUUCAGUCAUUCUUAUACCCUGCUGCAUGCUUUCUCCAGGAAGUGCCCCUGGCUGAGCCCUGCUGUGGCUGUGAAGAUGUGAUUCAUCCAUGCGCCUUCCUAUAGCUCCCUUGAGUGAUCACGUGUACAGGAGUCUUGCCUGCCUCCUCUGUAUGGGACCCCUGAAGAGACAGCUGUGUCCCUUCUCCAACUGAGGGUCCCUGAGAGAAGGGACACCACUGUUCCCACAGACUGAAGGCUCCUGAAAGCAGAUCACUUUGUCUCUGCUCAGAACAAGGGGCUCCUGAAUACAAGGUCACAUCUCCCCACCCCAGACUGGGACCCCUGAGACCUGGGUUGUGCCUCCUGGCUAAGACAGAGGGCCUCUGGGAGCAGGGUCAUGUCUUUUAUCUCAGACUGACAAGAGGGCCCCUGUGGGCAAGACUGUGUUGUUCCCGAAUUCCGAGUCUCACUGUCUCCUUCAGCCUCAGACUCCUUUGGUGCUCAGCCCAGGGCUGCGCUGCAUGUCAUGCACAUGCAUGUGUGUGUGAGGCUGUGUGUGUUUGUGUGUGUGUCUGGGGAGGGGUAGCCAAGUCUUCCAGCCUCUUCUGGCUUCUGCCAGCUUUCCAACCCUGAUGCCUGAUCACACCCAGCUAGAGGCCAGGAGGGGGAGCUGGGCAGCAGGCUCCCUGAGUUGGGGGAGCCAGGGGCUCCUUUCCUGCAGGGCUAAGCCCUUGGAUGGGGCUGGGGUCUAUUCCCCUCCCUUCUCCCCUGAUCCUGUGUGGGCAAAGUGGGGCAUCCCUGAGCACCAAUCCCCCACUGGGGCCAUGACUGACUCUCUCUGCAAUAAGUGUGGAGACAGCAGCUAUUAAUAUAAGAUGAGUUCACGGGCUUGCAGCUUCUGCAGGCUGGAAAACAGGCUCCCGGGGCCGGGGGCUGCGGCAAGGCUCGUCUGUCAGAUUCCCUCCUGGAGCCUAGAGCCUGCCAGCCCCAUAUCCCAAGCUCCUCCUGUGAGCUGAGACCUGUGAGCACAAGGGCACAUCCAAAUGGGGACACCCAGGCACACACGAGCAUGGGCACCGCACAGCUGUUCAGACACCACACACAUGCACACGCAUACAGACAUGCAUGUAGACCUAGAUGCAUCUGCAUCUACACACUAGUGCAUGCACACUCAUGCACACAGGUACAUCAUUACAACGUGUACACAGACAUCAACUUUAUGUGCACAUGAACACAUGCUGGAACAUGCACUUAAAUCUAUGUGCAUGCUCUUGCAUGUUAUACACAGACUCACCCUUGUAUAGCAGCCCAGACAUGCCGUACCAUCACACACUCACAUACACACAGAUACAAACCUGCACAACAGAUGGUAUCUAGUCAUGUAUACACAGCUGCACACAGUAUACACAUACUCACACAUGCUCCCUGCCUGCUGCUGUCAGUACUCAGCAAUCAUGGAUCCACCUGCUGACCAUAGAUUUCCAGCACCACAGGCUGGCUCAGCCUCCUAGCCCUGCCUUUCCUCUACCCCAGCCUCAUGACAGGCAGCUCCUGUUCCUGCCAACCCCACACCUGCCUUUGGCUUCCCACUCCCUGGGGGUCCCUAGGUCCGUUUUUUUUUGGUACCAGGGAUCGAACUCGGGUCCUUCCACUUGCAAGGCAGGCUGUGGAACCACUGAGCUAAAUCCCCAGCCCAGUCCCUAGAUCCUUGAUUAGCCCCUUCGAUAAUUGGCCACCAGCCCCUUGAUUUUGCUGCAGGCUUUCUUGGGAGCUGGGAGAAAGAGGCUGCAAAUUGGCCAAGCAGGAUGGGUCUAGGGAAUAGAGCGCACACAGGGAUGAGGCGGAGGUGCUGUGGAGUCAGGCGAGGCACUCCGCAUGCCAGGAUUGGGAGGGCAUUGCUGACUCAUGUGCACUGUCAUAUAAAGGUACUCCUCCACACACAUGUACACACUCACCACUCUCGUCCGGGCAUGUUUUACCCCUCAGCACACUAGUGCACACGAACAUUUGCAUACAUCCAAGCACAUUCAGUGAACACCCCAGUUAUGUCUGCAAGCAAAACUUUACAUGCACAUGAAGUCACCUGUCAGAUAAGCAGACACCAUUCACACAUGUACAUCCACAGGGGCCAGAGGUGUGGCUCAGCAGUACAGCACGUGCUUAAUCACAUGCAAGGCUCAAUCCCCAGCAUCGAAUAAAUACAUACAUGGAAAAAGACACCAUACACACAAACACAGGCUUGCAAACACACACAUGUACAUCCUCUACAUCCCUACAGGUCUCCUAAGUAUACUUGUAGGCAUGCAUGAACAUACAUCCACAUGUGGGAAUGCACACAUAGAGCCCAUACACACAUGUAUUCACCACUCAAGUAUGUGCAUAUCUUUUAUUUUUUUUGGUACCAGGGAUUGAACUUGGGUCCUUGUGCUUGUGAGGCAGGCGCCAGAACCACUGAACUAAAUCCCAGGCCCUGUGCAUAUCUUGAUGAACAAGCUACCAAGUGGCCACAGGCUUGAGAGAAGACCCUUUAGCCUGUUUUUGGUUUUGUAUAAAAGAAAGUAAAGGUAGCCAGAUGUAGUGGUAUAUGCCACAGUCCCAACAAUACGGGAAUCUGAGGCAGGAGGAUUUGAGCCCAGCCUGGCAACUGAGCAACUAAGGGAGACCUUGUCUUAAUAUAAAAAUAUUUAAAAAGGGAUAGGGAUGUAGCUCAGUGUGAGGGCCCUGAGUUCAAUCUGAUACCACAUACACACAAAGAAGUAAACAAGCAAGGACGCUGGAGGUUUGCUCAGUCUAUUGACAGGGCUGGGAAGGGGUGGAACCCACCCAGGUCCUAAGUUGCCUUUUCUAAGCCUCUAUGCUGACUACUCCAGCAUGGAUGUCCCCUGGGAAACCCCCAAGGCUUCAGGCAGCCACAGAGACCUUGUGAGGUCUUGCAGACUGAAAAUCAGAGACCCUAGUGUUAGCCUUUAUAGCUCCAGUCCAUCUCAGCUCUGGGCCCAAGUCCAGAUAUUUUGCUAUCUGGGGUAUUAGAAAGAUUUUUACUUCUAUGCCUGUGUUUGUUGUGGUAGUGGUGGUUGUGGUUAUUUGAGAUACGAUCUCCCUAUGUUGUUCAGGCUAGCCUUGAACUUACUAUGUAGCCCAGGCUGACUUUGAACUUAGGAGAUCCUCCUGCCUCUGCCUCCUGAAUGCUGGGAUUACAGGCCAUGUGCCACCACACCUGGCUUUACUUCCAUGUCUGCUGCUAGCUUGCUGGGUGACUUUGGACAAAUUGCUGUUCCUCUCUGUGCCUCACAUCCUCAUCUGUAAAAGAAGAAUAAAAGGCCUUGGGUGAUCUUUCCAACUCUGUCCAGAGGAGUUCAGAGUCAGGCUGUUCAUGAUUGUGUGCUAUGCACACGCGCGCGUGCACACACACACACACACACACGAGUGCAGUGUCAGGUCCCAAGAUGGUGAGACAUUAAAGUGGAGGGGCCCCACUCAUCGUCACAUCAAUUCCUUGCUGAACACAUUGAGGAGGCCAAGGCCCAGAGAAGGAGUAGCAAGGUGGGAACUGGAAGAGCCUGCCUCUAAUUUCAGCCGGCAGGUCUGCUCCUCUUCGAGGUGUGCGGCACCAGAAGCACAUGUGCGCAGUUUCCUGGUCAGGCCGGGGUGGCUGCUGGCUGGCGUGGGUGUCUAUGGUCAACCCUUUGUGCCAAAUCCUGCCUGCCCGCCUCUCACCAUGAGAUUGAAAAUUCUACCUUGAAAAAUUCCCUGGGAGGGCCGGGGAUUUAGCUCAGUGGUAUGCCUGCCUUGAAAGCCCAAGGUCCCGAGUUCAAUCCCCAGUACCGGAAAAAAAAUUCCCUGGGAUGUUAAAGGGUGUUUUAUCCUUAAGAUUCCCCCUCUAGAAUCUCACCCCCUGGGGCUCUGAGGCAGCACUUAAAACUGUUCCUACCCUUAGACAGAGGGAGCUGGGUGCUGACCACCCUGAGGAACUUCAGGAAAUGGUGCCAGGUUGCCCUGGCCACCCGGUGGCCAGGAGGGGGCAGUGAGCAACUGGCAGAGGCAGUGAGCAGGGAGGGGUGGCUCUGGAGGACUGUGUGUGAGGUUUGCCUGCAAUUAUGUGUUCCUGUAACUGUAUGCUGAUUUGUGUCCUUGUUUACACAAGGGCAGGGUCUGUGCAUGAUGUGUCCCUGGGCCUGGGUUGUGUGCCACGCACACACCCUGCAUAUGUACAAAAACAUGCACAAAUGAACAUCCACUUGUGUGUACUGGAUAGGGUGUGUCUGUGUGAAGCCCUAGACCAUAAUUCGUGAGUCUGCUUUGUCUCCAGGUAGCUGAGGGUGCAGGCUACUUCCCCUCCAAAAGUCUAGGGCCUUCAGUGGAGUUCGCUUGAUUUCAAAGAGCAAAAAUAACCCCACCUGUUACUGCACCAGGGGGUAAAACCAGGCACCAGGGGCUGAGGCUGCUAACAGGAAACCCUGCACAUGCCCCUACCACAGUUAGGACCUCCAUGCUAGAUGAAGACUGUUAAAAGACAGACUAGGCGUGGGCUGCUUCUGGUCAGCUAUGUGAUCUUAGACCUCUGUGAAUCUAUUUUCUCUUGUGUGAAACGGAGGACCCCUGACUCUAAACACCUCUGGCAGGUGGUGGGCACUCAGUAAAUGCUCAUUCUAAGAUUAGCCCAAAGAGGUGGAGUGAUGUGCACAGGGUCACGGCUCCCAAGUGGCGGGACCAGAAUUCAAGCACUGGCCUCUCACUUCUCAGAACCACAUUCCUUCCCUCCAAUUCCCUAGCAAGGGCGGCUCCCAACACCACCAUUUUGUCUUCUGCCAGGGCGGCUGUCUGGCUGCCUGUCAGUCACUGGCCUCAGGCAGCCAAGUGCUGACUAAACACAGCCCUGAGCAGGAGGGUGGGGCGGAGGGGCUCUGCAGGGUGAGCAGGCUCCACACCCCCUCCUCUGCAUCCCCACCUCCAAUGAUGAGCUCAGAGUGGCUGGCGCAGCAGUUGCUGACAAUUCAAAACUUCUAUUCCCUCUCCUGGGACACCAGUGGGUGACUGUCUCUCUGCACAGCAGGCAUGACCUAGAGUCACCAACCCUGCUCCCGCCCCUCUCCUGAGGGCCACCCCACUGCAUCUGCUGGGCCCAGAACUGGGUGUCUGCUCAUAAAUUACCCCCAGGGACAGUUACCAGCAGCAGCUGUGCUCUGAACAACCGUUGCUUCCUGGGUAGGUCAUUUUUUUGGGUCAGAAUCUAAACCCAGCCCCCCUGCCUUCUCCAGGCAGGAGAGGGGGCGUGCAGCAGCCUGAACCUUUUAUUGGAUUCCAUUGUAAAUCGUUCUAUUUAAGGUAAGUUGCUUGGGCCUGAGAGGCAGACAAGAUGCCGGCCAGAUGUUGGGAGGCAGCAUCAGCAUUCAGUCUGUGUUCCUCUCCUGCCUAGUGCAAGGCAGCCUGUCUCCCCGGCCCCAGCACAAACCCUUCCUCCUAAGGGAGGGAAUGUGGGAGUUGGGGCCUUGGGUCCCCCAACCUAGAUCUCCACCCAGGAGUCUGCUGCCUUUU